CUAGUCGAAAAUGAGCGGAAGAGGUAAAACCGGCGGUAAAGCGCGAGCAAAGGCUAAAACUCGUUCCUCCAGGGCAGGACUGCAGUUCCCCGUCGGUCGUGUUCACAGGCUGCUCCGCAAAGGAAACUACGCACAGCGCGUUGGUGCCGGUGCUCCUGUUUAUCUGGCCGCUGUGCUCGAGUAUCUCACCGCUGAAAUCCUGGAGUUGGCUGGAAACGCCGCUCGGGACAACAAGAAGACUCGUAUCAUUCCCCGUCACCUGCAGCUGGCAGUGCGGAACGACGAGGAGUUGAACAAACUCUUGGGUGGAGUGACCAUCGCUCAGGGUGGUGUGCUGCCCAACAUCCAGGCUGUGCUGCUGCCCAAGAAGACCGAGAAACCCGCCAAGAAGUAAACGGACUAAAGUCUGAUUCACUGAAACACAAAGGCUCUUUUAAGAGCCACCCAAUUUAACUAUAAGAGAGUGAUGAUAUCUUCAAUGUGAAAACGAGCGAAAGAUAUGCAAUAUAUAGAAAUAAACAUGGCAGCGAGAUGUGUACUAACACAUGGUCAAGUGUUUUAAAUCUAUUUUAAAUCAAAUACAUUUGAGUGAUACUGACCUUUGAGCUCUGAACAC